ACUCAGGGGUUCUCUACAUGACGAGAUUAUAAAACUGGGUAAUAAUAUGGGGACCUGCCUCGGAUGAUAUUGCACUUUAGUUGGUUGCCGUUUGGAAUUUUCCAAGUAGACAGUAAGGCGUGGGAGAGUAUUCAUUUGGUAUUUCAUUAGGUGACACUAAAUACAACACACUGGACCUUUAAAUUGGAUUAAUUGGUGCCUUUAGUUGGGUGACCCUGGGGCUCUGGUGCAAUCACCUGUCUGUGCUCGGAUGGUAAUCCAGCUGUGUUAAUCUGAUCAAUCCAGGUGAUGAAAUAUUACUAAACUAUGAGAUGCAAACAUCACUCUCACUUCUUGUCUUUUUCCUGCAGGCAUAUUAGGAAAUAUGUGUGUUUGCAUGGAGUACGUGAAUGCAUCACGGGCCUGGGUUCUCCUUCUACGUCAAUGACACUGGGCGGUUCAUGAAUGGGGUUUUGAAGUGGGAGGGCCCGUCAUCUGACUUUACCAGGAGGCAUCAAAAAAAAAAAAAAAAAAAAAAAAAAAAGAAGAAGAAGAAGAAGAAGAAGAAGUGGGUGUUGCGUGCUGUAGUGUUUGGUUUGGAUGCGAUGCAUCUUCAUGACUGUUUUUAAACACACGAGCAGCGGGGUUCACUCUACCUGUACCGGACCGCAGUGGAGCGAUCAGCCCAGAGGAGAGCCAACAUCCAUCAGCCGAGACGUGCAGGCCAGCAGCGGCAGCCGUGCAGCAGUAGGUGGUGGUGUGGAGGAGAGAGAAAGCUCGACUAACGGAGCCAGAGAGAGAGAGAGAGGGAGCCGUGUUGGUGAGCCAUGGGGUUCCGCAAGAAGAACAAGAGCCCGCCGGUGCUGAGCCACGAGUUUGUGAUCCAGAAUCACGCCGAUAUGGUGUCGUGUUUGGCCAUGAUUAUCCUCCUCGGCCUGAUGUUCGAGGUCACAGCGAAGUUUGCCAUCAUGUUCAUCACAGUCCAGUACAAUGUAACACAAGUUCUUGCAGAUGAGAAGAGCGAGCCAGUGAACCUUUACCAGUAUGGCCCUAAAGAUGUGGCCACUGUGUUUUUCUACCUGCUUAUUGCAGUCAUCCUUCAUGCCUUGAUACAAGAAUAUAUUCUCGAUAAAAUGAACAGGAGGCUGCAUCUGUCAAAAACCAAACACAGCAAGUUCAACGAGUCUGGGCAGCUGGCGGCAUUCUACCUGUUCUCCUUUAUCUGGGGCUGCAGCAUCCUAACGGCGGAGGACUUUGCAACAAAUCCUACUUUCUUAUGGGAGGGUUACCCUCACACUCACAUGGUUUUUCAGGUCAAGUUCUUCUACAUUUGCCAAAUUGCCUAUUGGCUCCAUGCACUUCCUGAGCUGUACUUUCAAAAAGUACGGAAGGAGGACAUCCCCCGCCAGCUCUAUUACAUUUGCCUUUACGUUGUCCACAUCACUGGUGCCUAUGUCUUAAACCUCCAUCGACUGGGCCUGGUGUUGCUGGUCCCUCACUACCUGGUGGAGCUCCUGUUCCACGCUUCACGCCUCUUCUACUUCAGUGACGAGAACAAGCAGAAAGGUUUUACUCUGUGGGCGCUGCUUUUUGUCAUCGCCCGCCUCCUCACCCUCACACUCUCAGUUCUGACGUUUGGCUUUGGGCUGCCCCGUACAGAAAAACAAGGCUUUUCUCUAGCAGAAGGCAACUUUAAUGUGCUCACCAUAAGGAUGACUUGUCUGGCAGCUAUCUGUCUGACACAGGCCUGGAUGAUGUGGAAAUUCAUUAACUUCCAGUUGAAAAAGUGGAGGGAGCACAGCCAGAACCAGGCAUCAAAGAAGAAAACAGUCAGCCCAAAGAGCAAGCCUCACAAAAGGGAGCCUACAAGGGGGGGUGCUGCCAACGGAGUUGUGAAACCUGACGAUAAAACAUCGCCACGGGCAAGAAAAGCCAAAGCUUCAUAGAGAUGGAAGAAGCGGGUGGGGAAGAAAAAAAAACUGAGUGAGGGAGUUCUGACAAUGUGACAAUAUGUCGUUACACAACUUCAAAUAUUGUCUACUGCUCUCCAAAACAAAUGUUUAAGCGCACUAAGAAACCUUACAUAACUGUCCCUUUGGGGUCUUUUUUGUUUUUUUUUGGUUAAAAAAAGUUCAGUGUUACUGUCUGCUAGAAAUGUUUAUUAUUAAUCUGGGUUUUCUGCAGAUGGGACAUUGGCAGGACAGCGCUGGUUUUGAUGCUUUAACAGGAUAGAUUUUAGAUCUUCAAAGUGUCCUUUUGUGUAAAACUACGAUCACUCGCCGGGUACUUUAACCUAAGUUGCUCUUCAGUAAUUUGACAUGGAAUCCAUUAACAUCAAAGUACCUUUUUAAAAAAAAGCUAAUUUUUGUUUUCAGGGCAACUUAAUAUAAAGUGUUAAAGUACAAACUGACUGUACGGGGUGUUAUUUUAAGUUUGGGUCUUAUUUAGUUAAACGUGCAAAACGGGCCACUGGCUCAAGUCCUAAAAUAAAACCUUUCUUGCUCUGCGGGACAGCACUGAUAUUGUGCUGUUGUCGGGAAAAGAUCCUAAAUUAUUUGCUCCAGAGGAAUAUUUCUGCUAUUUAGGUAUUUGGCAUGGCUGCAGUCAGAAAACUGAAGCUUGUACUUAACUCCUUGAUCAUUUACUGCCAUUAUUUGACAACCUCUGCCUUUGAAAUCCAACAUGUUACAGGAUUGAGGCACUUUUUUGUAUUUUUUUUUUUUUGUUGUUGUUGUUGUUCGCUUUAUCACUAGCCUGGUAAAUCAGCUUCACCCUUUCACAGGGGCUCAUCCAGGUUAGGUGACUUACCAAGCGGAAGCUGUACUGUAACCUGUGAUGCUGUACUGUAUGCAUACAGUUAAAUCUUUUUUAUAAUGGCAUGAUUGGAAACCUGAGCAAGAAACUGUGUUUGAGGCUGCGAUUCAGUCUUUUUUAUGGUAAUGUCAAUGCAUGAUGGUUUAAGGCUAAAGACUUUAUGGCUAGUUCCUACCUGUGCUGUUGAGUUUGCAUCUCUCUCUCUCACACACACACUCACACACAGACACAGACACACUUACACAAACACACAAGCAUUCAGUGGCCUUUUUACAACUGCUGCAAGAGGUUUGAGUUAUUUAUUUUUGCCAUAUACUACAGAUAGUUAUUAUUUUAUAUGCUUUGAAAAGCUAUAACCAGCAAACAGCGGUACAUAGCAACUGCGUUUAGUUAAUCCGAACGAUACAAUCUUUCUUCAAGUGUCCUUAUAAUGUCAGUGGUUUGUAUCACUUGUUCUUCUUGUGUUGCGUUCUGUUUGCCUUCUCUGUUCACUUUUGUAGUCUUGGGUAUCAGGGGACAAGCUAUUCACCACUUACACUAUAAGUUACAUCCCAUGGUGCAAUGGGAGGUGUGUUUGUAAAGGGAUAUGUUUGUAUGCCUGUGUGUGUGUGUGUGUGUGUGUGUGUGUGUGUGUGUGUGUGUGUGUGUGUGUGUGUGUGUGUGUGUGUGUGUGUGUGUGUGUGUGUGUGUGUGUGUGUGUGUGUGUGUGUGUGUGUGUGUGUGUGUACAGUAUUGUUUUGCCUACUGCGUAUGUGAAUUAACUGGGUGUGAGUGAUGAUGAUGAUGACAGCAAUGUUUAUUGCUUGUCUCGUAAAAAAAUAUAUAUAUAUAUAGCCUGCGUGCAGAGCAUGAAAUGUGACAAUCUGUUCGUUGACUCCUGCCCUCUCCUGGUUUGUUGUUAUUUCACGAUCACAUCCUGUCUUUUAAUUCACUUUGGUUGGGCCCCGUCUCUGCCCAAUACGCUUCUGUGUGUUGUGGAUAGGUGUAUGUUCUACAGGUUACUAAAUGCUUAUGUGUUUAAUGCCUCUGACGCUCAGAUGCCCUUUUUUCCCCCGUGUGAGAGAGAUUCUGUGAUUUCCGUUUGCCAAAUGUGGCAUGUUUUGGCCUUCCUGCUUCACCUUUUCAAUGAUCCUGACAUUGCUAUGGAGCACACACACACACGUAUUGUACUGUUGGUCAUACUCUUUCCUCUCAUGGACCAAGUCCUGCUCUACUACUAAACCACUGUGCAUGUGAAGCUCUGUACAGACAAGACUGUACUACCUGUCUGCAGACAGUUGGAGUUUGGAGUCCUUAGUCUAGAGCAGGGAGGAGAUGAAGAUGCCAUUCAUUUUUGCUCCCUUUAGUGUUCCUUAUUGGGACUUUGAUGGUCUUUUAAAGCCCUAUGUCUGUGUAUGGCAGUGUCAUAGGAGGGAAGGAGGGAGCGGAGGACUUAUGUACCAGCCUGUUAUUAAACUGUCUCAGAUGUAAAAGAGAAAAAAAAAAAAACUUAACCCUACACUGUACUAAAAUAUGUGUCAGAUUUUUAAGCUAUUUUUAUAGAGGGGGAAACUGUUGAAAUUCACUGUUGUUCAGUACACACGUGUGAAUAUAUGUUUCGCAUCCAUAUUGAUAUAAAUUGUGUUUUUUUUAUAUAAGAAUGAAGCUUGCUGAAACUGUUAGCGUGGGUAUACAUUGUGGUAUGAGUGUACAAAAAUUUAGCCUAAUGUUUUAUUUAACUUCAUGGCCUUAU